AUGGAAACGGUGAAGACGCACAGCGGCGAGGACCUGCACCUCUCGCUCGAUGCGCUCCUCGGGUCGCCGCAUGAUCGCAUCCUGUACAUGUACCUUUGCCAGCAUGGGCUCGAGGCCGUCUACAACUUCAUCGCCGACAUCUACAAGUACAAGCGGCAGCCCGACGCGGCCAAGCGCCAAGAGCAGGCCGAGGCCAUGGUGCGCAGCCACUUGAUGCCACCGGAUGCGCGCCUGGCCAUCUGCCUCGAAGACGGUCUGCUCACGACGCUCCUCGACGCGGUCGACCAGCGGACGACGACGCUCGACAUGUGGCACGAGCUCGACAAGCGCAUCAAGGCGACGCUCGAGUGGUCGACCUUCUUUGGGAGCGACAUGUUUGGCGACUUUUGCAACGCGAUUCGCGAGCGCUACCCGCUGUCCUUGCACGACGUAAUCGGCGAGUGCAACCCGGUCAAGCUCCGGUUCCUCGAGCAGUGGCUUGUCGAGUUCAACCCGAGUGGCGUGACCAACCUCCUCUUCUAUGUCGACGUGCAGACGACGUUCGCGCCGCUUGUGUCGCCGUCCAUGACGUUCUCGUUGAGCCUCUUUGAGGAGAUUCAAGUGACCGUCCGCCGCCUCUUCAACGUCUACUUGGCCGAGAACAACGCGUCGAUCGUCUCGGACGACACGAAGAAGGACGUGCUCUCGCGCAUUCUCAUGUACCAAGGCGAGCCGUUCUCGCCGCAGCGCUACGUGAGUCUCUUCAAAGGCGCGCAAGACCAAGUGCUCAAAUGGCUCAGCGCCAAGAUUUUUCCCAAUUUCAAAAAUUCGCUGCACUGCAUCCAGCUCCUCGUCGAGCUCGCGUGGCUCGACGACGACGUCCUCUGCCGAAAAGCGUGUGCGCCCAAGCGCGACGCUAAACACGUGCUGCUGCUGCCGCUCUCACCGCCGUCCGUUGACGAGCCGUGUGCGUUGCCCAAGGGCUUUUGCAUCGAGAGCACGCUCCGUGCGACCGAGUACGCCGUCGUGUGCACGACGGACGCGCUCCUCGACCUCCACGUGGUGGUCUUUGGCGUCGGCGUCGCGCCCGCCAAGACGACAAGCACGACGUUCUAUGCCACAGUGGGCGAGACCGCCUUCCAGUACGAAUACUACCUCUGCUGCGGCGCCGACGACGGCCACGACGACAUCAAGGACACGAACGAUGCAUCCGUGUGGGUCAAAGCCGUCGAAGACGCCCAUCGGCAGUACCAUGAAGCGCAGCAGCGCCAGCGCGAGAUCGUGCUCGAGCCUCCGUAUCGCGCCUUUACGCUCCACAUGCAGCUGCCCCCGCCCAGGCGGCGGACGACGUCCCGAGCGCCCUCUUCCGCAACCUCAACGUCCAGGUACAACAUCGUGCUGGCGCUGACGGCGCUCCUCGUCGAGCACCGCGUCAUCUUGAUCGCACGCCAACGCGACACGCUCUUCACCGGCGCCGAGUCGCUUCUCCGCCUCUUUGCUCCGUUCCGCUUCAAGCACACGUACUUGCCCUUCUGCCCGACCAACGUCGCCGCGCAGCUCAAGCACGAAGGUCCCCUCUUGAUUGGACUCGAAGCCGCGAUCCAUCUCCGCCGUGCCGAGAGCCACACGCACCGCAUCCGUAGCAGCUUGAGCAACCUCCAGCGCGCCAACAUCGUGCUCAAGACGCCAGACGAGUCGUUUACGUACCCCAGCGAGCUCUACGCGACGCGCACGGUGCUUGUCGACCUCGACCACGACGAAGUGUACACGCCGUUCAAACAAGACUUGCCCGAGCUGCCUCUGGCCAAAGUCCGCCGUCUCGAGCUCGCCCUUCGCGCCGUGCAGCACCCGCAGCUCGCGAACGCCGACACGUACCUCUUUACGCCGCCACCAAGUGUCGGCGCGGCCGUCGCCGACGUGGUGUCGCCGUCGUCGCUGCCAGACGUCAAGGC